UUAUUUUCAUUGAAUUUUACAAAAUUUCUUGCACAAUAUUUUUAGUAACUCGUUAAUAUAAUUUUAAAACAUGUUGUCUGCAAACUCUCCCAGAACUACACAAGUGUCAACUGCUGCUCUCAUGAAGAAGAUGCAAAUUAACGACGAAAACAAAGCACCAGAAGGUCUCAAGCCUAAAGUUUUAGGAGACCAUCAAAAACAGAACAUCAUAACAAAGCCAGUUAGUGAGCCAAUCAAACAAAUGGUCAAACCAGCACCGAGGAGAAAGGUCCUUAAAGAAGAACCACUGUUAAAGGAGAACCCUCGUCGCUUUGUAGUGUUUCCUAUUGAGUACCAUGACAUAUGGAAGAUGUACAAAAAGGCAGAAGCUUCCUUCUGGACUGCAGAAGAAGUUGAUCUGUCCAAAGACAUGCACCACUGGGAAAACCUUAAGGAUGACGAGAAGCACUUCAUUUCCCAUGUCCUGGCAUUUUUCGCUGCUAGUGAUGGAAUUGUCAAUGAGAACUUGGUUGAGAGAUUCAGCAAGGAAGUCCAAGCCACAGAAGCAAGAUGUUUCUAUGGUUUCCAAGUAGCCAUGGAAAACAUUCACUCAGAAAUGUACAGUCUUCUAAUUGACACCUAUAUCAAAGACCCUGUUCAAAGGGAUUUCCUUUUUAAUGCCAUCGAGACAAUGCCAUGUGUGAAAAAGAAGGCUGACUGGGCCUUGCGAUGGAUCGGGGAUCAGGAUUCAGAUUAUUCAGAACGUGUUGUAGCAUUUGCUGCUGUAGAGGGUAUCUUUUUCUCUGGUAGCUUUGCUGCCAUAUUCUGGCUCAAGAAGAGAGGAAUCAUGCCUGGUCUAACUUUCAGCAAUGAGUUGAUCAGUAGGGAUGAGGGUCUACACUGUGACUUUGCCUGUCUCAUGUUCAACCAUCUUGCAAAUAAACCAACACAAGAAAGAGUGCAGGAAAUCAUUGAUGAUGCUGUAAAGAUCGAGCAGGAAUUCCUUACAGAUGCUCUUCCAGUCAACUUGAUUGGCAUGAACUGUGUGUUGAUGAGGCAAUACAUCGAGUUUGUGGCUGACCGACUACUGGUGGAGUUAAAAUGUGAUAAGUUGUACAAUGUUGAAAACCCAUUUGACUUUAUGGAGCAAAUCUCAUUGGAAGGAAAAACCAAUUUCUUUGAGAAGAGAGUUGGAGAAUAUCAGAAGAUGGGAGUAAUGAGUGGUGGUUCAUCAGGUAGUCACUCGUUCUCACUUGAUGAAGACUUUUAAAUUAGUUGUGAUGCGACAUUCUCUUGUGAUCUCUAGCUCAAGCUAUAUACUGCCCAGAACUGUGCAAUUAACGGCCAUAUUGUAUAGAUGUUUUAUCUGAAGUUGUCAUAAUGUAUGUUUGUAUUGGAAUCAUUUUAGGUGCAUCUGUGUGAAUGAAUUUUAAGAGAUUUUAAGUUUUUAUGUAAUUUUAAGGUUUGUAAGUGAAGAUAAAUCCUUGUGUUAGUUUUAUGAUGGUGAAUGUUUUAUGCGUCAUGAUCAUUUUAGUAACGUCCUCUUUAUUUUUAUAUUUAUGAUCUAAAUGUAUUAAAUGAUUAUACUAGUA